GAGACUCGAACGUGUCUUCUCGAGGUUUCCAGUUUUCCCCAGGGAAAGAUUCUCUGGGAUUUCUCAUUUCUCCACUUUCCCGGUAUCCAAACGCAAUUACGAACACAGGGAAGGUGCUUUCUUCGAAAUUAAGCAGAUCUGGAUCGGCAAUCGGAGAACCGCUGUGCGGACAGAGAGAGCUCGCGGGAGCCGGUGAUGGCGGCGUCACCUAAACAUCGCGAGAGCCACUCGUCUCGUUCUUCCUUUUCUGGAGAAGUUCCGGACAGAAUCGAGAAAGAAAUCAUCAGCGAUGUCAGAGAGCUGGACACUAGCACCCAGGCUACUGGGGAUUAUGUUGCUGCUGGUAGCGGUCCAGUGGAUAACGGUGACGCCGAAUCUUCGGGCACUAACCAUGUAAGCUCCUCUGAGGCAAAGACUUCUCCCAUGGACAUUUCUAAUACUGGCAAAUUAUCUUCAAGCCAGCGUAAGUUGGAGAAAUCAAAAACACAGAAUCAGAGACAUUGUAAUGUUCUCACUAAAGAGGCAGCUCAAAUUUUUGAUGAUAAAAUACCUGAUCAACAGAAGCUGAAAUUGUUGAACAGAAUAGCUACUGUGAAACAUGAUGGAACAGUGGAACUUGAAGUUCCAGGAGAUGUUGAGCCCCAAGCUCUUGAUGUUGGAUCGAGAGAUGCAUAUAAUGAAGUUGUAGAAGAUGAAGAUCUUGAUACAGACUUUCAGCACAUACAGCCAUUGCAAAUAGUAAUACUAAUUGUGGGCACACGUGGAGAUGUACAGCCAUUUGUUGCAAUUGGAAAACGUCUUCAGGAUUAUGGCCAUCGUGUUAGACUGGCAACUCAUUCAAAUUUCAAAGAGUUUGUCUUGACGGCUGGGUUGGAGUUUUAUCCCCUAGGAGGAGAUCCAAAAGUUCUUGCUGGUUAUAUGGUAAAAAAUAAAGGCUUCUUGCCUUCAGGCCCUUCUGAAAUACCUGUUCAGCGAAAUCAGAUAAAGGACAUUAUAUCAUCUUUGCUUCCAGCUUGCAAUGAACCAGAUCCUGAUUCCCAUGUCGCUUUUAAGGCAGAUGCAAUCAUUGCAAAUCCUCCAGCAUAUGGGCAUGUCCACGUGGCAGAGGCGCUAAAAGUACCACUUCAUAUAUUUUUCACAAUGCCAUGGACGCCUACUAGUGAGUUUCCACACCCUCUGUCCCAUGUCAAGCAGUCAGCUGGAUAUCGACUUUCAUAUCAAAUAGUUAACUCCUUGAUUUGGCUUGGAAUACGUGACAUGAUUAAUGAUCUUAGAAAGAAAAAGCUGAAGCUUCGGCCCGUCACAUAUUUAAGUGGUUCCCAAGGCUCUGAUUCUGAGGUUCCACAUGGCUAUAUAUGGAGUCCUCACCUUGUUCCUAAACCAAAAGAUUGGGGACCUAAGGUUGAUGUAGUGGGAUUUUGCUUCCUUGAUCUUGCAUCAAAUUAUGAGCCCCCCGAAUCACUUGUUAAGUGGCUUGAAGCUGGGUCAAAGCCUAUAUAUAUUGGAUUUGGCAGCCUUCCGGUUCAAGAGCCAGAAAAAAUGACCCAAAUAAUUGUGGAGGCAUUGGAAAAAACUGAACAAAGGGGUAUCAUUAACAAAGGCUGGGGUGGCCUUGGUAACUUGGCAGAACCUAAGGACUUCAUUUACUUAUUGGACAACUGCCCCCAUGAUUGGCUAUUCUUGCAAUGCAAGGCAGUGGUUCAUCAUGGAGGUGCUGGAACAACAGCUGCUGGCCUUAAGGCUGCGUGUCCAACAACUAUUGUACCUUUCUUUGGUGACCAACCUUUCUGGGGAGAGCAAGUGCACGCAAGAGGACUAGGACCUCCACCCAUACCUGUUGAUGAAUUCUCACUUCAGAAAUUAAUUGAUGCAAUAAAAUUCAUGUUGAGACCUCAGGUGAAAGAGCAGGCAGUUGAACUUGCCAAGGCAAUGGAGAAGGAGGAUGGGGUAAGCGGGGCAGUGAAAGCAUUCUUUAAGCAUCUACCUCGCAAGCAUCUACCUCACAAGAACCCGGAGCCUGAACCAUCCCCAGAACCAUCCCCUUUUUUCUCCAUCAGAAGAUGCUUUGGUUGUUCCUGAAUCUGUUUUUUGGCCAAUGGUAGUUCCCGAAUCUGUGUAGGAAUUUAUUUCUUUUGGCCAAUAUUUUUGUUCAGCUGCACCAUUUGCAGUGUCGUGAUAGUGCAUUCCCUGCUAAUCCAAACUAUUAUUUAUCUCUUACGUGAAAUCCUGCUUGGUGGAUUCUCAUCCCGCGUCCAGAAAUGUAAUCCUCUAUAGUUCUUUCCAGUCAAUCAGCAAUCAGUGUAAUACGUGAGUUUUUUUUUUUCUUCCCUAAAAGUAAAAGGUAAAGCUCAUUAUUUUAUUUUUUCAUUCCAUUCCUUUUGUUUGAUUUAAGCAUAAACAUUAUGCCGAUUG